UCCCCAUCCUUGUCUAAAUCCUUAUCUUACCCAUCAUCAUUUGAAGUGGACCUCUUACUUGCCACUUCAAAGAGAACAGAGAAGAACAUGGGAGGAGGAGCCUUGUUACCACCGCUAGCCCGAGCAGUCGGAGGCCACAGCCACCCUGCUGACAUCAUCACGCCACCGCCAUCGCCGCCGCUGCCGUCACGCACCGUCGCCAACUUUCAGUCUCGUCAGUCCAUACCCUCCAUAUCUACUGCAUCCCCCGAUGCUGGGCCGUCUCGUCCCUUGGACUCCAUCUUUGGGCCUCUGCCCUCCACAACGGAGCUCGAAAAAGCCAUGUCCGAUCUCCGGUGUUUUAUGCAAGAGAUUUCUGCAGCUAGACGAGAGUUGAGCUGGCUUUGUUCUGAUCAUUCAAGAACAGUGAUGCAGUCUUCUGGAUUUGGAAGACUUUGUGAUGCCUUUCAUAUGCUACAAACAGAACCAUCUGUUCAGAAAAUGGUUCUCUCCAUAGCGUGUGACAAAGCUGUUUGGGAUGCCAUUAUGAACAACCCAGCAGUUCAAGAUUUGCAAGGCUUGUUGUUUGCAGGGACUGCAGGUUUACACGAGACUAUGCAAUUCUAUUCAUUUACAGGUAAAGAUGAAGAAGAAUCUCUGAGCUCUUCACCUGAGAAGCUUGACAUGGUUGCUGUCAUCAUGAAAUGGAUAAUGGACAUAUUAGAGCUGGUUCAGAAAAUCGGGACCCUAGCAGGCCUGAUUUUUCAACCGGCUGAGGAUAAAGCCAUGCCGACUUCUGAACUCUCUGGUCUUGUGGAGGAAAAGAUACGAUCUUCUUUCCUUCUUUCCAUUGUUCUGCUAUUCAUAGUGGUUGCCACUAGAAUCCACGAACAUUGAUCAACAUUCAUAGACAAAGUAGCAACAUAGCAGGCAUCUCCUCUUUGUUAUAUUCAUAUGAACUGUGUUUCUUGUACUAAUGAAGUGUGAGUGUUCCUAUGAUUAUAAACACACCUGUUUUCACAA